CUUUGCUUCAUAGUCCACUUCUUCCAUAUUUGACAAAUUUUUCAUCUUUGCAAAACUAUCCCUUUUUUUGCUUCAACAAGAAUAACAAACACCAAAAUCAUCCAAACAUGUUCUUGAAAAUCAUUUUUCUUCAUUAGUACUUAGUAAAAGUCACAUAAAAUAUUGUAAAUUAUGGGUGGUGCAGCAUCAACAAUUGCAGCAAAACUAGCAUUUUUUCCACCGGAACCAUCAUAUCAAGUUGAUAUAGAUGAACAAACACAAAAAUUGAAACUUAAAGAUGUGCCACAAAGUGAAAAAGGUGAAGUUACAAUUUUGCAAACAAAGAGAGGCCAUUAUAUUUUUGGUGUUUUUGUUAGGAACAAAGGUGCAACAUUGACACUGCUAUAUUCACAUGGCAAUGCUGCUGAUCUAGGCCAAAUGUUUGAAUUUUUCGUCGAACUUAGUGAUCGUUUACGCGUAAAUGUGAUGGGAUAUGAUUAUGCUGGAUAUGGAAGGUCUAAUGGAGAACCAAGUGAGCAGAACACAUAUGCUGAUAUAGAAGCUGUUUACAAAUGUCUAAAAGAGAUAUAUGAAGUGAAAGAGGAAGACAUUAUACUAUAUGGACAAUCAAUUGGAAGUGGUCCAACACUUGAAUUAGCUACAAAAUUGCCUCAAAUUAGAGGUGUAAUCCUGCAAAGUGCUAUACUUUCUGGACUUAGAGUUAUGUAUCGUAUAAAGUAUUCUCUAUGGCUUGAUAUUUAUAAGAACAUUGAUAAAAUUCCAUAUGUUAGCUGUCCCAUUCUUGUGAUUCAUGGUACAGAAGAUGAAAUAGUUGAUAUUUCACAUGGUAAAAAGCUUUGGGAGCUAAGUAAAAUGAAGUAUGAACCAUUAUGGGUAAAUGGAGGAAAUCAUUGUGACUUACAACUUUUUCCUCAGUUUUUUACUCAUCUCAAGAAGUUCAUAACUUCAUUGGAAAGACAAUCAGAUUAUUCCAAAAAUGUUGAGCUUGAAGAAAGUAUAAUUGACUUAGAUUAUACAUUUGAUGUUACAAAUGAAGUUAAGUGUAGACCAAGUAUUGAAGAGAUUGAAAAAUCAAGAAUCAGUACUGAACAAAAAGAGAUCAUUUCAACAAGGCCUAGCACAGACAGCCUAAGUUGCGGGGACUCUUCACUUUUGAUGCCAAACCCGUGUCGGAUUCUCCAAAAAAACACUAGCUUUGGUGAAUCUGACACGCACCCAUUGACAUUUUUGAAGAGUCCAAGCAACAUAGCAGACAACAGAAGACUAUUAUUGAAGCCAAGAGUUAGUGUUGACAAGAGGGAAAAACCAAGAAAAAGCAUGGAUUACUUUGGGAAAUCAAGAACUAGCACUGAUCAAUCCGAAAGAGGGCGCAACAGCAUUGAUCGCUUUGGAGACAUGAUGAGAUCAGUAGCAUUGUGCAAUAUUGACUGUUUGAAACAGACACUAGCAAAGGAGGAGGACUAAUACAACUAAAGUCUAUAAAUUUGUUAUUAGUGUCCGCCAAAAGGAAAAAAAAAAACAAUUUCUUUCUUUUCCCUUUCCUUUGUUUGAAUGGCAUUUUUUUUCUGAUAAUCUUUAUUUAAUGUAAAUGGCACAUUAAAGCAAAAGGAAAAGGGGGAAAAAGAAAAAUGUAUGGACCAGAUUUUCACUACC